AUGGCAAUCAAGCUGCAUUUUUUCGUCGCUUUUCUAAUGUUUACUACAUACUUCUUGACAGAGGUUUGUUCCCUAGUGGAAUUUACAAACGUUAAGUGCGAGUCUCUGGAUAAGGACUUUGCCUUAUUCGAGUAUUGUUAUCUGAAAUCUGUGAACCGUACUUACAAAUAUUGUUCCCUUAAAGUUAAGCUCCUAAAGCUGCCGGUAACGAAAGUUAAGGUGCGUUUUGGUCUCUAUCAACGUUUGAAUGGCUAUAAGCCAUUUCUCUACAAUAUGACUAUAGACGCGUGCAGAUUUAUAAAAGCGCAGAAUCCCAAUCCGAUUGCUCUAUUUUUUUACAAUUUAUUCAAAGAGUAUUCCAACGUAAACCACACUUGUCCCUAUAACCAUGAUGUUUUGCUGGAUAAGAUGCCCUAUCAUUUUAUAAAUAAUAAGUUAACCAAAGUGCUGCCCUUUCCGGAGGGAAAUUAUAUGUUUAAAAUGGAAUGGAUAGCCUACGACAUUAAUCGAGCUGUAACUGAAUUCUUUUGGUCUCUUACUUGA